AUGGGAGUCGCCGCAGCGGAGCAGAAGAAGCUGCUAGAGCAGCUUAUGGGUAAAGAGUCCACUCAUGGGCGCAGAAAUCAGUCCUCUUUCAACAAUCAACGAAGAAACCUGGGACUUCAUGAUCCCAGAAUAUGCAAGUCAUACCUGGUAGGAGAAUGCCCCUACGACCUAUUCCAAGGCACCAAGCAAUCUCUAGGCCGUUGUCCGCAGAUUCAUUCCGCUAAAUUCAAGAUACAGUACGAGAAGGAAAAGAAGAGAGGUGUGUCGUUCACUGAGUUCGAAAGGGAAUACUAUGCUAUACUUGCAAAGUUCGUCAAUGACUGUAACGGCCAGAUUGCAGUUGCUCUGAAGAAACUGGAGCACACUCCCGAGGAGAAAGAAAAGAUUCAACAGGUGACGGAAGAGCUGACUGUUUUGGACUCCAGGAUCGGCCUCAUGAUACAAGAGAUACAAUCUUUACUAAAGGCCAAUGAAGUGUCGCAAGCAAUGGUUCAAAGUAUCAAACUGCAGGCUAUGCAGGAGAGAAGGCAGGAAGUUGCCAAAAAAGUGAGGAACAUAACCGAGAAGGUAGGCCAAAGUGCACAGCAGAAACUACAGGUUUGCGAAGUAUGCGGUGCUUAUAUAUCCCGACUCGAUACGGACAGAAGACUGGCAGACCAUUUCAUGGGGAAAAUUCACCUGGGAUACGUCAAGAUGAGAAAGGACUACGAGCUAAUGAGAAAAAGGUUAAACAGAUAG